GUCAUGGCGACCGGGAAGGCGGCGAGUUCCAGCGCUUAACCCGGAUAACAAGCGAUAUAUCAAUAAACCGCGAUUUCGGCGCGUGCACAGCGGCUUAUCUUUACGGAAUACGAUUUCAAAAACAUUUACGGACACAUCCACGUGGAAUACUCAUUCAGGAUAAAAGGUGGGUUUGUGUCAGUAUGGUGGAGCCAGAGGAGCGGCCCUCGGUGGCAGGCCAAAGGCUCGGGGCUCCUGAGAGCAUGGGAGUCAGCACGCUUGAGCCCGGCAUGCGGCCCCCCACCAUGCCCCCCGGCAGACAAAUCUCCAUCCGUGUUCAAAUGCUCGAUGACACUCAGGAAGUCUUUGAAGUCUCGCAACGUGCUCCUGGAAAGGCUCUGUUUGACCUUGUGUGCUCUCACCUGAAUCUCAUCGAAGGCGAUUACUUUGGCUUAGAGUUCCAAGAGAACCGCAAAAGGACUGUCUGGUUGGAUCUGCUGAAGCCAAUUCUAAAGCAAAUCAGACGGCCCAAGAAUACAAUCCUACGAUUUGUGGUGAAGUUUUUCCCUCCCGAUCACAGUCAGCUUUUAGAGGAGCUGACCAGGUACCUGUUUGCCCUGCAGAUAAAACAUGACCUGGCAAGUGGACGCUUGACCUGCAAUGACAGCAGCGCCGCCCUGCUGGUGUCUCAUAUAGUGCAGUCUGAGAUUGGAGAUUUUGAUGAGGUGCAAUGUAAACAACAUCUACUCAACAACAAAUACAUUCCUGAUCAGGACACGCUGAUGGACAAAAUAAUGGAAUAUCAUCGCAAACACGGGGGUCAAACACCUGCUGAAUCGGACUACCAGCUCUUGGAGAUUGCCCGAAAACUGGAGAUGUACGGAGUGCGUCUUCACCCUGCAAAAGACAGAGAAGGAACUAAACUCAGCCUCGCUGUGGCUCACUCUGGUGUGCUGGUCUUUCAGGGACACACCAAAAUAAAUGCUUUUAACUGGUCUAAAGUUCGCAAGCUGAGUUUCAAGAGGAAACGCUUUCUCAUAAAACUACGUCCUGACUUAAACCAGAGUAACUGUCAGGACACUCUCGAGUUCAUGAUGGGCAGCAGGGACUGCUGUAAGGUCUUCUGGAAGAUCUGCGUGGAGUAUCACGCCUUUUUCCGCCUCUUUGAGGAACCCAAACCUAAACCCAAACCGGUGCUCUUCACCAGGGGUUCCUCCUUCAGAUUCAGUGGCCGCACACAAAGGCAGGUCAUUGAUUACGUAAAGGACUCUGAAUUCAAAAAGGUUCCAUUUGAAAGAAAACACAGUAAAAUCCAAUCCAACAGUGGUCUUUCUCCAUUGCCACCCACGUAUUGCUCUGAGGGUCAGGGAGAGAGGAAUGCCAGUGCUUCAGGACAUGUGGCGGACUCACCUCUUGGGCGCACCCAAGUGACUGUUGAAAACUUGGCUCACCAGGAUUACACUGGGAACCUAACCUUACAGACCAACGGAUGCCGAAACGGGACCUUCGAUGAGGCUGAUACACGAGCAAAGCCAUCGCCAUCUAAACAGCAGGCCGAGCAUCUGAGCACAGGUCCCGUUACCAGCAGCCCUCAACACACCGAGUCUCCGUCUGUAGCCAGGGUGAUGGUAAACGGGCAGCAACAGACCCUCAGCCUCGGCCAAAGUCCAGAUGGACGACAACCAUCUCCACUCACCACCCCUUUACUAACAGACGCCGGCUUUGUUCGCACAGACGACGAGGACGAGGUUCGGAGGAAGCGGUUCCCGACUGACAAAGCUUACUUCAUCGCCAAAGAACUCCUGACCACAGAGAGGACGCAUCUGAAAGAUCUGGAGGUCAUCACUGUGUGCUUUCAGAAGACUGUUGGGAAAGAAGAAGCCAUGCCAGAUUCAUUGAGCAGUCUCAUAUUUGCCAAUUUUGAACCCGUGUACAAAUUCCACGAGGGCUUCCUGAAGGAUGUGGAGCAGCGACUGGCCCAAUGGGAAGGCAGAUCAAACGCUCACAUCAAAGGAGACUAUCAGCGUGUUGGAGACGUCAUGCUGAAGAACAUUCAGGGUUUGAAGUUGCUGACAGCACAUCUUCGGAAACAUUCGGAGGCGUUGCUGGAGCUCGAGAAAACUUGUCACUCUUCCAGGAAGCUUGAAGGACUUUGCCGAGACUUUGAGCUGCAGAAGGUCUGUUAUCUGCCGCUCAACAUCUUCUUCCUGCGGCCGCUGCAUCGGCUCCUGCACUACAAACAGAUCCUGGAGCGACUGUGCAAACAUUACCCACCGACACACGACGACUUCAGAGACUCGCGAGCUGCACUCGCUGAUAUUUCCGAGAUGGUCGUGCAGCUCCAUGGCACCCUCAUUAAGAUGGAGAACUUCCAGAAACUUCUUGAACUUAAGAAGGAUCUCGUUGGCUUUGACAGUCUUGCUGCUCCUGGACGGGAGUUUAUCAGGCUCGGGUGUCUCAGUAAACUCUCUGGAAAAGGUCUACAGCAGAGAAUGUUCUUUCUGUUCAAUGACGUGUUGAUGUACACGAGUCGAGGAAUGACGCCAUCCAAUCAGUUCAAAGUGCACGGACAACUUUCCCUCUAUGGAAUGUCGAUUCGUGAGAGUGAAGAUGAAUGGGGCGUCCCUCAUUCAUUCACUCUGUCUGGACAGCGACAGUCUGUCGUCGUGGCCGCCAGUUCGGCGUCUGAGAUGGAGAAGUGGGUGGAGGACAUCAAGAUGGCCAUUGAACUGGCAGACAAAUGCAACGAUCCCUCAUCUGAACUCCUGUCCAGUAGUUUCACUAACAGCAAAUGCUCUGAUGAAUCUAGCGCCGACCAGGAAUCAGAAGAUGACUUGAGUGCCUCACGGACCUCGCUCGAGCGGCAGGCACCUCACCGUGGUAAUACCACGGUUCACGUGUGCUGGCAUCGCAACACCAGCGUAUCCAUGGUGGAUUUUAGCGUAGCUUUAGAGAAUCAGUUGUCUGGCAAUCUGCUAAGAAAGUUCAAGAACAGCAAUGGUUGGCAGAAGUUGUGGGUCGUCUUCACCAAUUUCAGUUUGUUCUUCUACAAAACACACCAGGACGAAUAUCCUCUUGCCAGCCUUCCGUUGUUGGGCUACUCCAUCACAAUUCCCUCAGAGUCGGAGGACAUCCAUAAAGACUACGUCUUUAAGCUCCAUUUCAAAUCCCACGUCUACUAUUUCAGAUCUGAGAGCGAGUACACGUUUGAGAGGUGGAUGGAGGUGAUUCGCAGUGCGACCUGCUCUUCCAGUCACAUCCGCUCUUUGAACCGAAAAGACGUCUACUGACCAAAGAGAGGCUCUUCUACAACCUGCCUUUACAAACACACACUGCCCAAACAACCACGUACUGGC